AAUACCCCUCCUUCCUCCUCUAAUAAACUCCCUUUCUCUCCACCAAAAGGAAAGAAAAAAAGAAAAUUUUUUCUCUUUGUUUUUUCUACUGCUGCUGUGUAGGAUCAGAGUAAUGAAAACCUAGAUUUUGAUCAUUCAAUAUACAGAUUCUUUUGCAAGAACCUUAUAUAGAAUUACAGUAAAUUGAGUGAUUCAUUCAUGGCAACUGUGCCGGUAAGAUCUCAUCAUCAACCAUUACAUAAUUUCCCACCAUUUAAAUGGGGGGGCAAGAAUCAUCAGAUUAACAACACCACCACCAGAAACACCAAUUUCUUCAGAAACUCAGAAGAGGGUUUUUCUCCUGAUCAUAACAAUUCAAUGGAGGAAUCUAGUGCAAAAAAUCAAUUGAACCUGCCUUAUUCACCAACACCUUCACCUCCAACUUCAAUGGAAAAAGAAAAACCAGUUAAGAGUAAGAAUUCUAUUUCUGAGAAUGAAAUUAAGUCUUUGAAGUUGGAUUAUGGUGUAAUCAGGAAUCGGAUACCUGGUGGUUUUGAUGAAGGAGAUUCAAGAUUUAAUCUUAGGCCAAGGAGAGCUGCUUCUAAGGCACCAGCCGCUACUACUCAUGAUGAGAUCAAUGGUGUCAAAAACACUGACUUUCAUGACAAACUACCAGUGGAGAAUCAUCAUCAGCCACAGCCACCACCAAAGUCCUCUAGAUUAAGAGGUUUUACUGAAAACGUCAAUGUUGAUAAUAGAGGAGAGAAAAGGAAGUUAUGGAUUUCUCUUUCAAGGGAGGAGAUUGAAGAGGAUUUCUUUAUUAUGACUGGAUCAAAACCUCCUCGUAGACCAAAGAAACGAACUAAGGCUGUUCAGAAAGUUAUUGAUAAUGUUUUACCUGGUAUGUGGCUAGCUGGAAUUACAGCAGAUUCUUACAGUAUUCCUGAAGGUCCUUCAAAGAGGUAGAUAUGAUUGUGGUGCCCUAGUUGGACUGUUCUUAUCUGCAUGUUUUUCUUCUUCGUCGACAUUGAGACCUCAUUUCGAGAGGUAUUAAAAAUUACAGUCCAGACUGUGAUUCUAUAGAAACCAAAUGGAAAGUUCGAUAGACCAGUGGUAUCUUUGUUAAUGUUCUUAGUCAGUGUUUCAAUUUCGAGUCUGUAGAAGCUUGGGAUAAAUUAAUGAAAAUGUUUUCUUUGGUUACCAGUAGUUUUAGUAGGAAUCGCCGUGGCAGAUGUAAAUUCCAAUAAACAGAUGGAUCAAUAGAAGUUAUAUGUUGCUUUUAUCCAGUAUCUUGUUGCGUGACUCUUGAGUCUUUGGGAUGUUUCUCUUGUUAUAGUUUUUCAAUUGAUUAUAGCUUUUGAAAGUGA